UGACACGUGUACCAAGGACUCCACAUUCUGCUACGUGGCUCCGGAAGCUUCUCUCUAUGCCGACAGCAAGUAAACUUGCUUUCUCUACCGCCUACAGCCUCAGAAAAUAUAAGCAAGGCACUAGGGAACCGCUUAUAGAGAAGGGCACGAAGCAAAGGAGGAUUACUUCCUUGGAGUAACAAUACAACUACCACUACUUUUCAGUUCUGAGCGCAAUUCCAUCAGCAAUCAUGGCUUUCAGGCCUACGAUGGGUCAAUGGAUAGCACUGUUAAGAGGAGCAAGCGGGGCUGCAUAUAGCACAAGGUCAACAGUGCCGAAGAUGAAGGCACAUGCUCCUUCGGCUGAUUAUGGAUACAUACACAAGCAACAGCAUAGGAAGACACCAAAAGGGGACUUCGUUCCGGUGUAUGUGGCGAUAGGGAUGAUAGCGUUGUCAACAGGGCUAGGCCUGCACACAGCAUGGCAGCAGCUGAGGAAUUCUCCAACGGUGCGUGUGAAGAAGCAGAGGAGGGAGACACUCCCUGAGGUGGUGGAGCCUGAGCACGUUGCUGAGGAAUCUGACCACUUCUUCAAGAGCUCCUUCUUCAGAAAAGUGGCUCACGUGCAGGAUCGUAGCUACCCUGAUAAGGAACUCAUUCCUGAUUCUAUCCGCAGAGAUGCUUAUGCUUAUAAGCCUCGUAUCGAAACUCUCAAGUCUGUUGGUGUUGAUCCAGCUCAUACGUGAUCAUCAACAUGUAGCCUUUGGUUUUGCUAUUUCCUUUUUAUGUUGCUUUAUAGUUCAUACAAAUAAUGCAAGGUAAAGUUGUAAAUAUUUCCUAGUGUCCAUGUCGAGCUUCUUGAAGAACUUCC